AUGUAUUCAUUCAGGCUUCUGUCAUUAUUGCCAGUAUUGUGCAUCUCUGUUGCCAAUGCGCUCAAUCCCUGCCCUAUCCUGGGCCCUCUCUGGCCUGCUGCAACAGGCCUCUCCUCCGACCCAGUGGUCAGUGAGGCUUUACAGAAUGUCACCACAACAAUUCAACAAGCAAUUGAUGCAGGGAACUUCUCGUCAGAUUCAAUCUCUCUACAGAUCUUUGAUGCAAAUGACCCUGAUGCACUGCUCAGCUUGUUCUACACUGCCGCUGACAUCAACACCACUCUCGGUGUGAGCGAGGUCGAUGAGAAUACCGUAUUCCGCAUCGGAAGUACCUCGAAGCUUCUCACCAUGUUCACGCUGUUGAUCGAAAAUGGCUUCGGUGCCAUGCAAGAUCCAGUUGCGGAUUACAUUCCCGAGUUGCGCGACGCUGUCGUUGACCUCCUUCGGAACUCCACAAACUGGGACAAUGGGAUCGACUUUACCAAGUGGAACGAGGUGACUGUGGGAGAAUUGGCAACUCACUUGGCCGGUAUUGGACGAGACUAUGGCGUCCUUGAUCUUACCGAGGAGGCUUCGACCGUCGAGGCAUUGGGGUUCCCUGCUUUGCCAGAAUCUCAAAUCCCUACCUGUGGUCUACCUGAUCCCUGUGAUAGAAAGCAAUUCUUCGAAGGGAUGGUUCAGAGACACCCGAUUGUACCCACAUCGAGAACCCCCAUCUACUCCAACGCCGCUUUCCAAAUUCUUGGAUAUGUCGUGGAGGCAAUGGCAGGUGAGACAUUCAAGAAUGUCUUUUCCUAUGAUAUUCUGAAGCCAUUCAAUCUCAGCCGGACAUUUUACGACACCCCCGAUACCUCGCUCGGCGUCAUCCCCAACAAAGAAGGCUUGAAGUACUGGAACUUCCCAAUGGGCGAUGAGACACCUGCGGGAGGCAUUUACUCCUCCGCCAAAGACAUGGCCACCAUAGGGCGAGCCAUUCUCAGCAGCACCCUUCUCCCUUCAGCCCUUACCAGACGCUGGUUGAAGCCUGUCUCCCACACAUCAUCUCUAGACUAUGGAGUCGGAGCCCCCUGGGAAAUCCUGUCGUUUAAUAAUGAGCGCCCGAUCGAUCUCUAUACCAAAUCCGGAGACAUCGGCGCAUAUUCAUCUGUAUUUGCUCUAUCCCCCGACCACGGCGUCGGCUUCAUUGUCCUUGGCGCAGGCGCCAACACCCACGAAUCACUUUCACUCGCCUCAGACCUAGUCUCAGCGAUCCUAAUCCCCGCCCUCGAGAAAAGUGCCAAGAACCAAGCAGCCAAGCGCUUCGCAGGGACUUACGCCCUAGAUAGCGUCAACUCUACAAUAACUAUCGGCACCGACAAUGGCCCGGGCCUAGUAGUCACGAAAUGGAUCAACAACUCCUCAUCCAUGAUCGCGGCCUUCAUGGCACUAUGUGGAAUGAAAAGCCCCUCGCAGCUCAGCAUACGUCUGUAUCCCACAGGCCUGGAAAGCCCAGGCAAAAUCUCCUUCCGCGCCGUCACACCACCGCCCCUGCCAUCUGGAAUCGGUCCCUUUACUUCAUCCUGUAUUACCUGGUUCACAGUUGACUCGCAUGUGUAUGGGAAUGUGGGCAUUGAUGAGUUUGUGUUUAAUCUGGAUGAGACCGGGAAUGCAGUGAGCGUGACUCCAAGGGUGCUGCGCACGACUUUGAAAAAGACCUAG